GCAACAGUUGCCCCGGUGAAGGCAAGGCGCCAUAGUCACCGUAGUCCUAGCGACAAGAACCAAGCAACGGGAGUCAACAACAACCCGAAUGUAAAGGGCAAACUUAAGACUAAAAGGGACAUUAUCGAGGAAAAACAGAGAAAUAGCGGCUGAAAGCAUUGGUUGCCAUGGCAACUUCUGGAUACUCGGAAGACCUCCAGCCUCAGCAGACCAACACGGUAACCAUAGCAACGCCGGCUUCCACCACACCCUCAUCAGCAAAGACAGCGGCACACUUCCUGGCUGGACUACCAUUAACCUCUGGAAGCAUUGCAUCUGCUAACCAAUCAGCCAAAACUGGACAGGAUGCACUUUCUUCCCAAGCACCACCUACCCAGGCUCAGAGCCAGAAGGCAGCCGUUUUAGCGGCUCCAGCACGGCACUACAUAAACCCUGAAAUCCAGCACACUGGGGCCCAGAAGAGUAAUGGUCAAAGUACCUCACCACAGUACAUCAUAGUGACAGUUACAGAGGGCUCUGCUCAUUCCAAUGACAGUCUGUCAGAUUCCAGCUCACCAGCCCCUGGAGUGCCUACACAGGUGGUCCAGCCGGUGCAGACCACCACUCAGAGAUCAGUCUUGCAAACGGUGUCACAGGCUGGCAAGAGAAUUCAGUCAGGGCACGUCAACAACCUGCAGUCUGUGCACAUCAACCAGGAGGUGGAGCAAGUAUAUUCUGGCCAAGUACAGUAUGUGGAUGGCGGCGGCACCGACAACGCGUUCAAUACAUCUGCUAUCCGAACAGGCAGCUACUCUUUCUCCGACUCCCCCCUCUACUCUCAGACCCCUCCGGCUUCCUCUUCCUCCAACUUCUACGAAGCCACAUCCAGCUCAGAGUCCGACAUCAGCGCCUCGGUGACGUCGCAGACUCUCUCCUCGUCUGUGGGGGCGGCAGGUGCCACAAGUGGGGGCAACUCUGCCAGUGGGGCGGGUUAUGUCAUUCAGGGGGCUUAUUUAUUAGGAGGCGGGGCAGGAACCGGAGGAGGAGGACAGAGCUACUCCAGCCCCAAUUCACGUGCCCCUCCAGCCACUGUGCAGUGGCUGUGUGACAACUACGAGGGUGCAGAAGGAGUUAGUUUACCCCGCUGCACCCUGUACUACCAUUACCUACUACACUGCCAAGAGCAGAAGCUGGAGCCGGUGAAUGCUGCUUCCUUUGGUAAACUCAUCAGGUCUGUCUUCAUGGGGCUCCGCACUCGAAGGCUUGGGACCCGGGGGAACUCAAAGUAUCACUACUAUGGACUCAGGAUCAAAUCUGGCUCCCCUCUGCUCAGACUCAUGGACGAGCAGCAGCACAUGGCAAUGCGGCAACAGCCUUUCUCACAGAAAAACAGGAUAAAGGCUGUUCAGAAAACAGAGGGGAUUACCAAUGGGACAUCAGGAGGGACGUCCCAGCAGCAGGCAGGAGUGGUUUGUGAUAUUUCUGCCCAAGUCCAGCAGUAUCAACAGUUCCUGGAAGCAUCCCGUCCACUGCCUGAUUUCACUGACAUGAAUCUGCAAGCUCGUAGCCUUCCUGAUGGUAUCUUGCCUGAACACCUCAAAGCCUUUCAGACUCUCUACAGGGAACACUGUGAGGCUGUUCUGGAUGUGAUGGUGAAUCUUCAGUUCACUCUUGUGGAGACGCUUUGGAAGUCUUUUUGGCGGUUCAGCCAAGGCGGUGACGCAGAAACUCUCAACCUCCACCACGAGUCGGAGAAACGUCUGCCUAAAUCGUGCCUGGUUCUGCUGUGUAAGUUCGAGCCUGUACUAAACUGGACCAGAGCGUGUGACAACCUGCUCUAUCAGACACUGGUGGAGAUCCUCAUCCCUGAUGUGCUCCGACCGAUUCCCAGUGCCUUAACCCAGGCCAUCCGUAAUUUUGCCAAAAGUCUGGAGAGCUGGCUGUCCGGCGCCCUAAUGAACAUCCCUGAAGAGAUGGUCCGCAUUAAGGUGGUGUGCGUAGGUUCUUUCUCCCAAACGCUGCGUCGCUAUACCAGCCUGAACCACCUGGCCCAGGCGGCCCGUGCCGUCCUCCAGAACUCGGCCCAGAUCAACCAGAUGUUGUCCGACCUCAACCGCGUGGAUUUCACCAACGUCCAGGAACAAGCAUCUUGGGUGUGUCAGUGUGAGGACCGCAUUGUCCAGCAGCUUGAGCAAGACUUUAAGAUGACCCUACAGCAGCAGAACUCUUUGGAGCAGUGGGCCUCAUGGUUGGAUGGCGUGGUUUCUCAGGUGCUCAAACCUUACGAGGCCAACCCUGUCGCCCUUCCAAAGGCUGCCAAGGUUUUCCUGCUGAACUGGUCCUUCUACAGUUCCAUGGUCAUCCGAGACUUGACCUUGCGAAGCGCUGCCAGUUUCGGAUCCUUUCACCUAAUCCGCUUACUCUACGAUGAGUACAUGUACUACCUGAUCGAGCACAGAGUAGCUCAGGCUAAAGGGGAGACCCCGGUUGCAGUUAUGGGAGAAUUUGCCAGCACCGUCAAGAGCCGAGCCACUCCGGACCUGGAGAAAGAUGAGACAGAGGAGGAUGAGGAUGAGGAGAGUGAGGAGGAGAGCGCCGAUCUGGUUUUGCAGUCCGGCUCUUUGAGCAUGCUGGAAGACAAGGAGCUUUUGGAGCCGCCAGCCAAGCAGCCUAGAACUGCUUUAAACCUGCACAAUCUGACAGAGACGCACAACACAUAGAGAACAUGUAAACACACACUUUGCUGUAACAUCAUCAAGUCAUCCCAUUCUUCACCCACUGUCCUUUGUACUUUGAAUUUCUCAAAGAUACUUUGGUGUUAAGUGUUUGUCCAGCAUGUAUAAGAAAAUGGGAGCGUUUUUUUUUUAAUGCCAAUGAUGUAAUCUUUGCCCUCUGUGCUGCCAUUCUUUUGGUCAUCUAAUCAUGUAUAAUCCCCGUGCCUUCCCAGAACAUUUGGUGGCCAGCGCUGCCCAAACUUGACAUGAUUACCUUAUAUAAUAAUCGUUUGAUAUCCUUAUGCGUCUCCCUUGCCCCGCCUUAAACCUUUACUGGAUGCGGAGAAAUUGUCCACGUGAUUUUUUAAAAUGGCACUCACAUUGCCUUUUAAGCAAUGUCUAUGCAGGGGUGUUCUAUAAUCAGGAACAAGGGAUAUUAGCGGAGUGGCUGUCAUGUUUGAUAUACAGUGAUACCUCUACUUAUGAAUUUAAUCGGUUCUGAAUGUAGUCUCGUAACAUGAAAAUUCUGUAAGUAGACACGCAUUUUCCACGUAAAUGCCCGCAUCUGUUCCAAGCCCCCCCAAAUUCAGACAUAAAUGCAUCAAAACUUGUAACAAAUACAUGUUACAAUUGGAUUAUUGCACAAUAAACAUAAAAUGACAGUUGUGCAUAAUGUAAAAAACCAAGAAUAAAAGUUAAUACAGUCAUGCAAAGCUGUCGGAACACGAGGAGGAUGCUGGGAUACACACAUACGUAUACAGUAAACGUCCCUCUCAGUUUUGCCAAUUUGGUGACUUUCUCGCUAAAUCUGGCAACUUUCCAAAGCCUUGUGGUGACUUUUUUUUUUUUUUUGUCAAAACUGACUAGCGACAAAUCUAGUGACAAGUUACCAUAAUUUUUUCUUAUUCCUUAUUCCUACUGGAUUGUAUUUCUGGUCAAUAUAGUUUUGCAAUGUUAAAAAAAAAAAGUUAGGGUUCACCUGUAGCUAACCAUAUUUAGUUUUUUUUUUAAACUCACUUUUGGCUUCUCCCACGACAUUAUUCCUCUCUCCGACAGCGUCCAUUACAAUGGUGUACCGCAAGCAACACGUCACUUUUGCUCAUUAAUAUUCAUGACGUUAGCAAUUGUUGCUCGUCAGGUCAAGCUUGCGUUUGUCCCUAAUGCUAAAUGCAUGGAAAUAGUGUACGAAUAAUAUCUUUACUGACUUAAACCUACCAAUUCUGUCCGAAAAUAAUGUCCCUGGUACCAAAUUCACUGGUAAAGAUGUGGAAGAACAUAUAAAUGUUCAGUUAAAGAGAUGGCUUGAGUGUCGGGGGCUGAAAAAGACAGGGAAAAAAGCUGACCUGAUCCAGAGGUAGCUUUUUUUUAUCGACCUUUUUCUUGUGUGCGUUGCCUUAUGCCACUGACUAUGACAUUCUCCUGUUUCAACAAUCUAUCCUUUACCACCAUAUGCCCUGUCUUUUUUAUAUAUUAUAUCAUGUGGUUGUCUUACGUCUCUGACCGUUCUUGGAGGUAAUAUACAUUGCUAUUUUUGUGUAGCGAUCGCAAAUGCUACUUAGUGACAGCCAACGAACACUUAUUUUUUUCACUAAUAACAUCUUGAUUAUAUAAUUUAUUUACACUUCCCCCUUACUAAAGUUUUUUUUUUUUUACAACAGAAAAGGUGACAACAGUGGCAGGCAGAUAUCAUUUUAAUUUUUUUAGGUCAUUCAUUGUCAAGACAGAAGCAGCACGGCGAAACGCCACGCUAAAAAAUAAGUAAAAAUAUCAAAAUGGCUUACCUCUUCGUCCACUGUAGGGCCAUGCCCCCCAACAAAAUGUUUACUGCAUAUGAAUGUGAAUGGCUUCACCUUGCUGGCGUUAAACUAGUAUUUUGACGUCCGCACAAGUUGAUCCAUUCUUCACAUUUUUUCCUGCGAGUUUUGGCUUCGGGAAAUGUAUGAAAAAAACAUCCUUCAUACGUCGUAAUGUCUAGAGUCAUUUCUACAAGUUCCAUAGCAGCAGUGUUUACUCGGCAUGUUCUUUUUUGAAAGAUUACCGGCAGAAAAAAGGAGUAAUAAUAACAUGAGUUGUAUGUGAGGGCCUGUCCAUGUUGACCCACUUCCGAGUUACGAUGGCGACGUCACUGUUUAAAAAUAGCAUUCGUGCGGUACGCUAUUGGAUGCAUUCCUGCCUCCUCAGCUGGAGUUUUUGCUAGGCAAAGCAAAGGACCUCUAAGGUGUUAGUCACAUGAUCUGUUCUAAAAAUAAUUUUGACCCACUAUGAACUGCUUUGUAGGGUUCUUAUUCAUUUCAUUCAUUUUUGUUGUUUAUUGCUUUACAACUUUUAUAGCAAACAUUUUAACAGCUAGGUCUCUAUUUUAAAGGGAAAGUUCAGAACAGUUUUCAGACAUUAGGCUUAUUUUUUCAAUUAGUGACGGUUUAAUUAGUCGGUGGAGUUGAUUUCAACAAAUUCAGUGCAGUUUGUCAGUUAUUUGUUAGUUUCAGGGCUCCGGAGUGGCUGAGCUAGUGCGAAUCAAAAGUGCCUUCUCAGCAUGGCAAUAAAAAAAGAUAUUAACAGAUGGUCACCUAAAUUCAAAAUGCAGAUCAUUUCUCGAGAUACCCAUGUGGUUAAAACAAUGUCAAACCCCACUGCCGUAAUUAAUUACAUUCUGUAGGACUAUUUUUUUUUUUUUUUUUUUUUUUUUGGGAUGCAUAAUGCGACCACUAUAGUGAGGAGUGCUUAGGCUACUCGAGCUCAGUCUGCUUUUGUUCCCACAAAAAAAAAAUGUGGUGAAAAAAAAACAAUGUGAUAUCACUCCGCCGUGCUUGCUUCGACAGUCUGUUCCCUGCAGAGCUGCUGGAUUAGAAAUGUUACUGUUCAUACUAUAAUUAUUGACAUGCAAUGAUGAGUUUUAAUAGUUUUAUCCUGAAAACAUGGCCAACACUAUUGAUUGCAUGGGUCAUUGGUGACUCCCAUGCGUGCAUAUGUUGUUGUUUUUAUUGGUAUGCUAAGCGGGCACCAUUGACUCGCGCUAGCUUAGCCAUUCCGGAGCCCCGAAACUAACAAAUAACAAACUGCAUGGAAUUUGUUGAAAUCAACUCCACAGACUAAUAAAUAAAUAACCCCCCGCUAACUCGAAGAUUAAGCCUUACGUCAAAAAUUCUGAACUUCCCAUUUAAAUCAACAGGAAAGUCAAUUACAUGCAAUGACAUUUUUCGUCCAGUGGGAGGCACUGACCCCCCUCAAUCUCCGCCGAUUGCUGCGAACAGCACCUCAUACUGUAUUUUUGCCUCUCGCAUCCUGAAACUUCUUUUGUAACAGGCAAUAUUUGCCUGUUAAGGUGUGUCGUAACCUGAAAACUCAAUUUUUUAGAGACUUUUGUAAGUAGAGGUACCACUGUACAUUCAGUGCGUUUAAUUCAGCCAAUUUACCGUAUGAUUGAUACACUGUGCCUUUGAGAGAUUGUUAAAGCUCAUAUUCUAUAUAUUCUGUAUUGUUGCAUUUAUAUGGGGUUCUGUGAAGUAGCCUUGUUGUUUUUGAACUUUUGUAGCUAUUAAAAAAUCAUGCGAGCCA